AUGGCAUCUUCAUCACCAAGGAGCAAGAUUACAAUUACUCCUAUCAGGAAAUCUACAUGUCAGGUGAGUCCUGCGAACACCACAACAAAGAAGCGAAGAUUAACACAGAAUAUAACACUAAGUGAUGAGGAGUUAGGUGAAUUUCGAACAAAACUAUGUACUGACCAUAUUAAAUCGAAAUGCUUGGAUCCAGAUACAUGUUUCUAUUCUCACUGCAGUGCCUGGCAAAGAAGAAACCCAUACAAGUACAAAUACUCAUCAGUUAAAUGCCCUGAUAUAGACUUUCUUAGAAAAGGAAUUAAAGGUAGGAUGUCUUUAACAUGUCGAUGUAGAAAAGGAAGAAUAUGCCCAUAUGCUCAUACAAAGGAAGAAGAGCUAUAUCAUCCAGAUACUUACAAAACAAAAAUUUGCAAUUCCUAUCCUGAUUGUAAGAGAUACUAUUGUCCUUUUUCCCAUGGUGAAGAUGAUAUAAGAAACAUUAUAAGUCAAGAUUAUAAUACAAGUUGGGGAGUUACAAGCGAAGUAGAAACUAGUGAUGAUCCCACAGAUGUAAAAUUACCAGAAGACAUAUUUAAUGUUGAACUAACUCUAAACCACAUAAAUAAUGAUAAUAGUGAAAAAAUUGAAAUUUUAACAGUAUUAAUUGAGUGCCAAAAAUCUGUACUUGAUGGGGAUUAUUUAAAUGCUUUCUUAUUAACUCAGAAGCUUGCAAAUACUUUUAAAAAGAUAAAUCAAUCUAUGGGUUCCUCUAAUAAUAGAUCUAUAUUAUUUUACCCAUAUUUACACUUCAAUAGUAAUUUAUAUGAUUUUCAAGAUGAAAAUAUUGAUAAGUUACCAAAUAUAUUGAAUGAAAUAUUAAAACCUUCGCAGUUAUCAAUCAAUGUGCAAGAAACUCUCGAAAAACUUAAAUUAGAAUGA